AUGGAGGAUCCAUGGGGUUCUCCUUGGACCAACGACUCACCCCCGAAGAUAGACCUUCCCGCGCCGCCGCCGAAUGCGCACUUCACUGCGGACCACUCGGGCAGCUCGCAGCGUGUCUCGCCUGCUCUCGCACCAUGGAACGACGACGAUGAUGCCUGGGGCGGUUGGGCUGAGGCCGGUAAGGAUGGCAGUCCUCGAUGGGGAAGAAGUCCUGGAUUGCGGCCUAUCGGGGGGAGCCCUUCUGGUUCGAGGUUACCGUCGCCGGCACCGGAUCCGUGGGGUCGACCACCCACGUUUGAUACUGCACGUUCGAAGAGAGAUGAUAACGGAGAUUCUGCGAUUAGUCUUGGUGAAGGACUGCGGCCGAUUAUAGGGCGGGUUGCGACAAGGUCACCAUCUCCUGCGCGCUCAUUUAAGGAUAAUGCGGCGGAUAUAUGGCAGCAACCAGAUCCGGCGCUUUCGAAUAGGAGCGUUACUCCUUUGCCGAGCGAGGGGGAAGGACGACCGGGUUCGCCAGAAGGGGCGCCUAGGCCUGCUUUACAACCUAAGACGAGACCAUCUCCUUUACGACAACCGUCCAACAAAGUUUCGGAAUUGGUGGAAAUGUUUGAUGAUAUUUCUAAGAGGAAUCACAGUGUCUCGCCCGUUGAUCCAUCUAUGCGAACAGUUUCGGGAAAUGCAUCUUCGGUUGGGGACGUCACACCUGAGCUAAGAGCGAAUGGAUUCGAAGAGCCUAGGGAGGAUUUACAAACGAAAAAUGAUACCGAAAUGGAGCUAGAAUAUGAUUUGAAAACAGAAGAAGAGCCUGAGCAGAAAUUGGCCGAACCAGAGGCGGAGGAGUCGGAAUUUGAGCAUGAGCCAGAAGCAAAACCUGAAAUUGCUCCUGAAGAACUACCAAAGGAGGAGAAUGAAGUGGUGGAAGGCGAGACGAAGGAGUUUGUCAAGGGCGAAAGAGGCCAGACAGAAUCGGACACAUGGUCGGAUUUUGAAUCGCCUAUUCAAGAUGCUCCUCAGAAGGAGACUCAGGGGCCUGAACCAGAAGUCUCGAAGGACCAACCACAUGUGAUGGAAACUUCGACAGAGGAAGAGACACCUGCGGGACCAGCACCAGUACGGCCAAAGCCACCUUCGGAGCCUUUCUCAAUUGAUAUGUCAAAGCUCGAUGCCCUCUUCCCCUCAGUCGACACCUCCUUUCCAUCCCCAGAGCCAGUCCCCGAUGUCAUUAUUGACGACAGCUUCACUGCUAUAUCUGAGCGUAAAGCUUGGUAUCUAAUGUCAAGACCUGGGUCGAUGCGGAAACACAACAUGGGAGACGAUGAAAACUAUGUGCGCGUUGGAUGGAACAACUCUCAUGUGCGUGAGCAGUCUAUAAGAAUUGUGAGACGAUGGAUGGAGGAAGACUCUAUUACUGGACGUGUGGUUCUUGGCCGAAGAGGUGGUGCUGCUGGUGCGAAGAUUUUCAACUGGGAUUCCUCAGCACCAUCGACCGAGAUUUCAAUCUCGGAACUACUCGCACGCAAGAAUCAUUCGAGACAGGCCUCAGCUGCCUCCAAGGGCACAGUAGCAUCACCUACGGCGGCAUCAUUCGGAUGGGGCCAUGCUCCGAUUCCCUCACCUACUGCUGCUGCACCAACAUCUGCGCCUCGCACGUCCAAUGUCAGUGAGCCUGAAUCGGCUUCGACUGCUGAACUGUCACCUGUUGAGGCUACUAAGACAUCUCCCGUCUCAAAGACGAGACCACCGCCUCUUGAUUCCUCUCCAAAACCGCGUAUCACCGAGGAGCCUCCUUCUCCUAUUAAGCCAAUAUCACUAGAACCCACAAACCGACCUAUAUCUAUUUCACAACCUCUGCCCUUUCCGGCAUCACCUACAAUUUCUGAACCUCGGUCUCCCAUCAACACUACUGCCCUCUUAUCAACCAACCGACCCGUAUCAAUCUCACAAGCACCAAGAUCCCCUCUUGCACAGCCUCCAACAAACGCAGGAUGGGGCGAAGACGAAGACGAUGAUGAUUGGGGAGAUAUGGUUUCGUCACCCACAGUUGAAACAAAUGGCGGGAUUGCUUCUAUGAAUGCAAUUGUAGAUGCCGAAAGAGCCAAAGACAAAGAAAACACUGGAAAAUCUUUGAUUGCAGGCCAAUCUCCAAUGGUAGAGUCUUUCAAGGAUGAGCCUGAGGUGAAUUCGCAAUCCAACGGUCGUCUUUCCAUGGAUACUUUGGCAGUACCAUUGCAGGACUUUGCGCCGAACAAUCCUCGGUUAACGGGAAACCACUUGAAUAAACCGCAAUUGUUGCAAGAUACGGCCUUGGGCCAUUCUCGAUCCGCGACUAUCGACCUUCUUACUUCACCUAGAAAGAUGCCAAUGUCUGGCCACUCACGAUCGACAACAAUCGAUUUGGGAAACCCUCGCUCGCCUCUGAAUGGGUUUGUAUCUGUAAACUUGACCCCCAAUGAGGCAAAAUCUUCCGUUGAACAAACAAACAAAGUCAACAGCUGGGACUCUUGGGGUUUAGGACUGAUUGAUGACUCCAACAGACCAGUCAGUCCAGAAAAGGCCAGCGCGUUCACAAACGAUACGCCAAAAACAUUAACAACACCUCUUGAUACACUGAAGGGUAACUCUACACCUAAGAAGCCACGGCCCAUGUCACUACCCGUUCCUCCCCGACCACAGACAAUUGUAGAAGACGACGAAGUUGUCGCAAAUAUUCUCCGAGAUCUUCCAGAUCUCUCUUACAUGUUACGAUGA